CAAACCUUGCUGAAAAUGGCUACCGACAUUAUUUCGUAAAAAGUAUGGAACGAUGGUAACAUUUUAGGAAAAGUUCAAUAUCCCGACAAUGUCUGGGUACAUUGUCUCUAAGAAGAAUCAAAGUCCAAUUGAAUGGGAACUGUACUUCUUGAUCGAAAGAUUUUUGUCUUCGGGGCCCUGUAAAAGUGCAGCAAAUGUACUGCGGCGAGAAUUGGUUGAACGUGAGCUUUUACCAAAAAGAAUUGAUUGGGAGGGAGGAGAACACGAAAGAAGUUACCAAAGUUUGCUUGAGAUAAACAAGCAUAUUGGAGGGAAUCACCUACUGAAAAUAUGCCAACGUCUAGGACCCUUGCUUGAUGAGAAGAUUAGGCCACAUAUCACUGGGAUAGGUUCAUUACUUGGUGCAGGGACACAGUCAUUGCUCAGGACAGAACAAGACAUUCAACAGACAGAAUGGCCUCCAGUGACUCACCUUGCUCAGCAGAAUGGCCGACCCAAGUUUCCACCACACAACAUGGUCGUGCCAAAUUGGUUGUUUGUGCGUCGGGGUAUGGAGAUGAGUGGACAGUCUCACUUUGGCCAUAUCAUUCCGACAUGUAUGUACGCUCGCAUGCAGCGCCUGAGCCGUAAACUGGGACAUCUCUCAGCUGUCUACUGUGUUCUCUUUGAUCGCACAGGAGAGUUUGUCUUCACUGGGGCAGAUGACAAUCUAGUGAAGAUCUGGUGGGUUGUGGAUAGCCGUCUGAAGGCCACGCUCAGGGGCCACUCUGCGGAGAUCACAGACAUGGACGUCAACUAUGAGAACACACUGCUAGCAUCAGGAAGCUGUGACCGCACCAUCCGUGUGUGGUGCCUCCAGACCCGCGCCCCUACCGCCGUCCUGCAGGGACACACUGGCAUGAUCACCUCUGUACAGUUUUCACCGAUGGUACGAGGUAAUCGGCGCUAUUUGGCUUCCACUGGAGGAGACGCCUGUGUCUGCUUUUGGGAAUGGACUGCCAAUGACAAUGUUUUCAAUGCACGUCCAGUGAAAUAUGUGGAGAAGUCUCGGGCAGGAGCCCAAGUACUGUGCUCAUCCUUCAGUCCUGGAGGCAUGUUCUACGCUGCUGGAAGUACAGACAAUGUGAUACGCAUGUACCACUUCCAUGCUGGAUACCCAGAAAAGAUCGGAGAACUGGAAAAACACACUGACCGUGUUGACAGUAUCUGCUAUGCCAACCAUGACAACCGUUUUCUUAGUGGGAGCAAGGACGGAACUGCCAGGAUCUGGAAGUUUGAACGCAACGAGUGGCGAAAUAUUGUACUGGACAUGAGUAUCAAGCUGCCCGAAAUGUCAGUUGAUAGUGAUGAAAGGAAACAGAGCGGAUCACGUAUACCUGGGUCAGAGGAGACUGUGCCUCCAAAGCUUCGCGUAACCAUGGUUGCCUGGAGCUCUGAUGACAAGCUGGUGAUUACUGCCGUCAAUGACCAUGUCAUCAAAGUCUGGUGCUCCUUCACAGGAAGGCUGGUACAUGAACUAAAGGGACACACUGAUGAAGUGUUUGUGCUGGAGUCGUGCAAAUCUGACCACCGGAUUAUUCUGAGUGCAGGACAUGAUGGUAACAUUAUCGUCUGGAACAUCAUCAAUGGCUCACAAGUCAGGCAGUUCUUUAAUCAGAUUGAAGGUCAAGGCCAUGGGGCUGUGUUUGACUGUAAACUGGCUUCAGACGGUGGGUCAUUCAUUGCUACCGACUCACAUGGUCACAUGAUGAUCUACGGACAUGCCUCUCCCGAAAAGUAUUCUGCUGUUCCCAAUGAUGUAUUCUUCCACACAGACUACCGUCCUCUGAUGCGAGACUCCAACAACUAUGUUCUAGAUGAGCAGACGCAGCAGGCCCCACACCUAAUGCCACCCCCAUUUCUUGUGGACAUCGACGGCAACCCAUACCCCCCGCUCCUGCAGCGCCUAGUGCCUGGCAGAGAAAGUGUCCGCGAUGAACAGCUUAUACCAGAAUUCCAUGUCAACGAGGAAGGUGAGCAGGAAGUAGUUGGAGACCGAGUGUUAGAGGAGCCCGCCCUGCCGCUUCCCCCACCUGAGGGUCAGGGUCAAGAGGUCUCCCCUGCCCCUGUAAGUGGGGAGAACAACCCUGGUGCUCGCCCUAGCAUUGACCAGUUGAUAGAGCAGCUGCAGCGUGAGCAAGAUCAGAGGCUUGCCUCAACAAGAAGAACCCCCAUGGGUUCCCCGCCCCCUCCUCCCCAGCUGGGCUCUCCUAGACCCAGGGCUGGGCCCUCCAGGUCCAACUCAGUUGUGGCUGGGGUAAGCACUGCUGGUGGCUCUCACAUGGUGGGUAUGCGACGCGUUGGGGAGACAGAGGGGGUGCGCCAGUCCCUUGGCAAUAUGCAGGUGUCCACUCCGCGGGACUUAGCCGCUCUCACUCGCAGGAUCGUUGUCAAAGGGCUGGAUUCUGCAGUACUCCGAAAAAGUGAAGAACUAAGAAUAGCGUUAGCUGACCAUGAAAUUAAGCAGUACAACAAUGAGCGCCGGAAGAAGUCACUGGUACUAAGAAGAGAUAGCUCUGAGGAGCCAGUAGACUUUGGUAUUCAGACUCGAAAGAAGAAAAAAAAUCGUCAUGGUUACACAACAAGGGCAAAUUUGGACGAUGAUGCUGCCACUAACCGGCUCACACGGCUGGCUCUCUAUGAUACUGAUGAGGAGAUACGGUCUGGUGCGGGGUCAGACAUGUGGGAGGAGGAAGAAAUCCUGGACGACCCAGGGGAUUCCAGUGACUACUCAGACUGGUGUAUGGACACAGGCUCAAACCUGCAGCCACCACAGCGCAAGUCCACAAGGGUGAGAAAAAGGCGGCGCUUGACCUCCUCCGAGUUUGAGGACUCUGACGACACCUCUAUGCCAGACAGUCAGCCGGCUAGUCGGGAGGGCAGUCAGACAAGACGAAGGGAGGGCAGCCUUAUCCCGGGGGGUCAGACCAGAUCUAGGGAGGGCAGCCAGGCCAGGGGAAAGGCCCUUGCAAGGAAAUCUGAGACUGGUAAAGCCCCUGUCCAGAAGAAGAGAAAGUCACUGAAGAAGAAGCAGUCUGCACGGGAGGCUGCCAUGUUGCCGGGGAAGUCCGCAGAGGAGAUUCAAGACCUGGUGGCGAGGUUCCGGCCCUCAGACUGGCUCACAGACGUCAUACCUCGCAAACAGCCAUACUUCCCACAGAUGGGCGAUGAGGUGGUCUACCUCCGUCAGGGCCACGAGCUCUAUGUGAAGGCAGUGGAAAGGCGCAAAGUGUACCCAAUAGAUUCCAGCAAGGGCCAGCCCUGGCAUAAAUACCCCAGUCUUAAAGAGAAGGAGCUGGUUCGUAUAGUUGGCAUCCGGUAUGAGGUACUGAAGACCGGGACCCGACUCUGCUGCCUCAAGCUCAACUACAUUGACCCUGUCACACUCAGAAAUACCAGUGGAUCAUUUAACAUCAAGUAUCAUGACAUGACAGACGUCGUUGACUUUCUUGUCAUUAAACAGAACUAUGACAUCGCCAUGGCGAGGAAAUGGGGACCUGGGAGUCGUUUCCGUUCGAUGAUUGAUGACUCUUGGUGGAUGGGGAUCAUAGAGGAGCAGAUUCCGUUCCAGGCCGAGUAUCCAGACAGCUUGUUCCAAUGCUUCAAAGUCAGAUGGGACAAUGCUGAGAGGGAGUUUCUUAGUCCCUGGGAUCUCGAGCCCAUGGAAGAAUCGCGCCCUCCAUCUGUGAUAGGAGGUGGAGUGUUGGUCACACCGGAGGAGCUGAAGGGCCUCAUGUAUAAACCACGGUCCAGCGAGUGGCCGGGCGGGCCCAUGGACCAGGAGUGUGACAGGAUUGUACAUGGCUGGGAACAGGUUAUGGGCCAUUCCAUAGCAGAACCUUUCCUCACGCCAGUGGACCUCAAUGCGUUUCCUAGUUAUGCCGUGACUAUAGAGUACCCCAUGGAUCUCAACACCAUCAAACGCAGACUUGAAAACAGGUUCUACAGGCGCGUGACAGCUCUCCAGUUUGAUCUAAGAUACAUCGAAUCCAAUGCUAAAACAUUCAAUGAACCAAACUCUCAGAUUGUAAAAAGUGCUCAAAUUCUCUGUGAUGCUCUGCUCAAGUUUAUAGGAGACGUGGACAGUUCCGACCCAUGUCAGCUGAUCAACAAGCUUGUCCAUGGUCGCAAGAUCCACUGGAGCUCAGACAGCGGGGAGGCUACAGAGGAUUAUGACACACCAGGGACAUCCACACACAAACACCCUCAGGAUGAUGCUACUCCGGGCACCUCCAAGUCCUCCCGUCGGCGUCGUCACCUGUCUGUGGUGGGCGUUAAUCCUGAUGGCUGGAAGGUGGAGUGCCAGCAGCUCAUGGCUACCAUCAUGCAGUGUGAAGAUUCAGAGCCUUUCAGAACACCCGUCAAUAUAGAUGAGUACCCGGACUACUACGCUGUAAUAGAGAACCCAAUGGACUUGGGCAUCGUUGGUGAGAAGCUGGAGGGUGGGGAGUACACAGACCCGACGCAGCUUGCCCGAGACAUGGCCCACAUCUUCUCCAACUCCAAGUUUUACAACACAAACAAACGCUCGCGGAUUUACACCAUGACCCUGCGCCUCUCUGCUAUGUUUGACUCCCACAUGAAGGAGAUCAUCUCCACUUGGAGGAAGGCCAUCAAGAAGAGUGGGCACGGAUACCCACCCCAGUCAUCUGCAAGAUUUGGUCAUGAUGGUCCCCAUACCAACGGUGCAGGGCCCAGUCACAGUGCCGUAUCGCGCGGUCGGCCAAACCGCAGCUCUCACAGGCUAACCAAUGGCAUAACUCACCACAGUGACAGUGAUGUUGAUAUCACCUCUAUCCCUCCAUCCAAACAACACGCAUCAAAUGCCAGGAAAAGGCCACUCAGAGAGCGUCGCAGUGUCCGUCGGCCCGUGGGCUACCUUUUCAGUGAUGGGGAAAAUCAUGAUUUUCCUGAGCCUAAACCCGACUACACUGAUGAUGACUUUGAGAUUGAUCUGGAGCCAAAAAGGUCACCUAAGAAGAAAGCUCCAGUUCAGAGGAGCAAGCCGGCCAACUCUCAGGGCAGUGAACAAGACAACUCAGGGUCAGUGUACUCCACCAGGGCUCGCACUGGCACGCUCAAAACAAGGAAGUACACCAAUGAGGGUUUCUUUACAGAUGAGGAGGAAGAGGACAUUGAAUCUGUGAUAUCUGAUAGUGCUAAAGCAAAGGGAUCUCAAAAGAAACAGCGCUCAAUAAAGAAGACUCAGGAAAGUAGUAACAGUGAUACUGAGAUCGAAGAAACAUUGCCUACCUCAAUCAGAUCCAGGGUUACUCAGGUAAAAUCAGAGGUCGCUACCAAUAUUAGAGGAGAUAGUGAACCAGAUAGUGAAGGUGAGAGUAGUGAUAGUGCUACUGAGAGUGACUCAGAACCGGUGAAAAGAAAACCCACCAGAGGUAGACAAAAAGGAAAACAACCUGCAAGGAGUCCAAAGAAGGGAAAAUCCAAAGCUCACAGUAGAAAAAUGAAAGGAACUGGUAGAAAGAAGAAAUGGCAAAGAAACAAUGCCAGUGAAGAAGAAAUCAAUGAAGAGAGCGAUGGAAACACAACCUCAAACACCAAGAGUUCUUCAGAUUCAGAGGAAGGCUGGGAAACAGAUUCAAUUGAACACAACCCCUUGCCACAAACAAGAGGCUCACAGAAGUCAAGUUGUGUGCAACACAUCAGUGAACAAAGUGAGAGUAGUGACUCUGGGCCUCCAAGGAAGCGGUCAAAGAUUAAGGCCAGCGGCAAGGGUCUCAGCAAUGGUUCACGAAGUAAAGGGAAUCGCAGCACACGUAAUCGGGGGCGGAGAACAGUCAAGUACAAAGAAGAGAGUGGUAACUCGGAAAGUGAGAUGGAGUCUAGUGUGACAGCAAGCAGUCGGGAACGGGUUCGUAAACCUACCGCCAGGGUCAAGUACAACGAAGACAGUGGUAACUCGGAGAGUGAGACAGAGUCUAGUGUAACUGUAAGCAGUCGUGGACGAGUGCGCAAACCCACCGCAAGGGCACGUGCAAUGCUUUACUAGCCACUGCCCAAUCUCUCAAAGAAACAUUCAUUUUAGUUUGAUAAAAAGUGUUUUGAAAAAUAUUGGAAAACAUUAUUUACUUACUGACCGCAUCCAAUGCUUUGUUACUGAAAUGCCAUAUAAUUGUGUUCAAUUUAGGAAAUUUAACACAUGGAAAUUUUGUAUUCUUUACACAUCUGGCUAUUUUUUAAUGAAUUCUCUUUUGUUUUGUUUUAUUUUAUUGUUAACUUUUUGACUAGUGUUUAUUUCGCUAUUUUGCUGAUAUACAUACAAACUACAAAAAAAACCUUGACUGGUUUGUAACAUGAAGUAAAACUGUUUCUUACACAUGUUGAUUUCUUUUUACAAAGAAUUUAUUUUACAUUCAAGAUGAUCCUGCAUAAUACAUAAUGUUUACAUUUUCUGGGUUUGAUCAUGACUCAUGGACAUGCAUUGGUUUUGUAUGUUUUCAUUGUUAGCCAUUCUUUCUUCAUCUGUUCUAGUCAAGGUGCAACACAUUUCGAACAAUCUUCUAAAACAUAAAAAUGCAGCUGCAUUCAUUUAUUUGUAACAGGAAAUAUGAAAAUAUGGAAAAAUAAAACUCAUUUGGAAUGAAAACUAUA